GGCUGCCAUUUGUUAGUAACGUAUUUCUUUGAUUUAAUAUACAUUUUAUAAAAAAAGCUACGUUCGGUGCUUUUUCGUAGCGACAUUUAUAUACCACAUAUUCCCGUGAUUUGUACCUAAAACUGUUAUCCUGAAAAGUUUUACGGUUUAACAUUCCGCAGUGGGGAUGCUGUGCUGUAGGAGCGGAAGAGUCGCCCGUCAUCAGCCAUGUUCAUCAGUGUCUUUUUGUUGUGACAUUCUCGUGAUAUAAUAUUCUCAUGCAACGUUGUGCCUCGCCAAAGCAAGUCUUGUGCGCGUAUCGACACAUCUUGGUUUUUUCACAAACGAUUUUUCGUAUUCUCUCGUGUCGUUUCGUCGUGUUAUGUGUUCCGUUCCAUUCUAUUCCUUUUUGUUCCGUUCUAUACCGUCUUGACUCACUUCGUCUCAUCUUAUCUUGUUUUAUCCCGUCUCGUUUCAUCCUUUAGGAACUUCCCAUUGCUUUUGCCUGUUGCUAUCAAGUAAAGAUUAAAUGAAAGAGGAAGAAUUAUGAUAGAUCGGUAGCAACAGAGGUGUGGCGAGGUGGAGCUCGAAGGAGGGAUGAAUGGAACGGCAGCGCUACGACGCAGCGUCGGGGCUGGUGCAGGCGCCAUCAGUGGUGGAGCCAUCGAACCAGCACCCAUCGCCACUCUGGUCGUAUACAAGGACGAUGCUGGCUUUGGAAUGAAAGUUUCUGGCGACAAUCCAGUCUACGUUCAAUCUGUAAAGGAAGGCGGUGCAGCAGCAAGAGCUGGUCUUCAUGCAGGUGAUAAAAUAAUCAAGGUGAAUGGAGUCAAUGUGAUGCAAUCUACGCAUACUGAUGUAGUUCAGCUUAUAAAAUCUUCAACGCAAGUUGUACUGACAGUGCAACAGAAACCAGUAACGUCAAGUGGUGGCGCAGCAGCAGUAACAGCGAUAGCGACAGCAACUACAGCAACAACAACUUCCGGUCUACAAGUUGGUGUAGUUGGUGCUACGAGUCAACAAUCUCGUCCAGUUAGUUUAUCGACGGCCGGAAACAUGUCACCUUCGCAACCGGUGACUUCCCUUCACAGAGCAUCUACUGCACCGGCGGGCAGUGCUCCGUGUAAUACUCGAAUUACGGCUCCACAACCAGUUGAUCUUGAGAAAAAGCGGCAGUUGGAAACACAGAGAGUUCACACAUUUCAACUUAUGUUGGAAAAAGAACAAAGUUACGUAGAUAAAUUACGAAGCGAGUUGGCAAAAAACGGCACUGGCAAUAGCAGCACUCACAUCACGGCCAUACAGGCGGAGCUGGCGGGUGCUGAGAGAAGAGUACGCACCUUACAGGAACAACUUGCGGCGAUUAGUACGACAAACGAACAGCUUUGCUCAUUGGUAACAAAUACUUCGUGUUCCUCGGGUUAUUGUCCACUCUCAAGCAGUGGCAGUGGCGCAGACAUGCCACCCCCACUGCCGUCACGCAAAUCCUUAUCCAUGCAAAGUCUCUCUCCGCCGCCUUUGCCUCCCAGACCUCCAUCUACCAUACAAAACACAGUCCAACCGGAGCGACAUCUGCUGAUUCAUUUAACGCCUUCAACCGUCAAUCAGGGAAUUUCUAACUCUUUUUCUCAAGAUGUUAAUUUGAACGCUUCAAACGCGCUCAGUAAACAUCAGCGAACCAAGUCCAGUCCAGAACAAUUGGGAAUAACGGCAAUUUCUCCAUCAGAAGCUAGUAAACGUUUAAUUGCUUCUGAAUCAAUGAAUGAUUUGUUACCUCCAAGACAUGUCAGACAUAAUGAUAUCGAUAUCAAUGAAUUAUCACGUAUCACACCACCAGGAACACCACCGCCACCAUAUCCUGCCCCUGUUUUAGGGCAAGACGUUUUCUCAUCCACAUUAAAUGAUGCACUUGCGACUGAUAUUAUUCCUGGAUUGCCAACGUUCCAACAGCCAAUUAUGUCAAUGGAAGAAGAUGACGUUAGCGAUCAAGAAAUCGGUCAAUUAGAAGAUCAUGGACCGUUCCAAUCUUUAUCUAGACUAUGGGGACAUCAUGCACACCUUGCUGUAUUUAUUAAUUAUGUGUUAUCUAAUAGUGAUCCUUCUAGUUUGUUAUUUUAUUUAGUAACUGAUUUAUAUAAGGAAGGAAAUGCCAAAGAGAUGAAAAAAUGGGCAUAUGAAAUUCAUUCGAGUUUCUUAGUACCUGGUGCGCCAUUAUGUCUGCAUAAUGUAGAUGAGAAUGUUGCGAAUGAGAUUGAUGAUGUCCUUUUGAAAGAAUCUGAUAAAGAAGAAAUUCUCAGAAAGAUAUUUUGGAAAGCACGUACUAGAGCGAAGGAAGAAUUAAACGAACAGUUAACGCAUUUUCAACAGAAAAGGACUGCGGGAUUGGCUACAAUUUUUGGUCCAACCGAUAUUUCUCUUGAUGAGAGCAUGUCUGAUAAAUCACGCGAAACGAAAAUUAUUGAGACAUAUCUUUUGCCGAAAAUGGAACCUUAUUUGGAAGACAUAGAGAAAGAACAUGUGGAUUUACGGCUUUUUACGACAGCAGCUGGUCUAGCUACUAUAUUGAUAAAGAUUUUUCAAUUACGACCAGUAUGGAUCGAUCGAGUACCUACCUUUGUUGCAAAAGAUAAAUCCAACAUCAAAGCACGACUUCUUAUUGGAAAAUCGCGUAAGAUGACGAUCAGAGGACAUCAUUUUGUAGCGCAUCAGUAUUUUACAAUAACUUACUGCAAUCAUUGUCAACUUAUUAUCGGCGGUAUUGGACCUCAAGGAUAUUUAUGCAAUGAUUGUUCCCUCAAUGUACAUCGACAAUGUGUUCGUGUAGUAGAAGAAAAUUGUCCUGGUCCUUUAAUGCGAAAAGAAAGAGCCAAUGAUAGGAUCAGUAAACUUAUGGAACGUAUUCGACCGGAAAGGAAACUUCCAUCAUCCCAUCAUCAUUCUCAAAACUAUGUAUCUCAUCUUGACAAAAUAAAGAAAAGUGAAGAAGAUUCCGGUGUACUAACGGAUGGAGAAAAUGGUGAACAUCGCACAUGCAAUUUGGCCGGAAACAUUCGCAAUAGCUGCGAGAGAAUGCGAAUUUCCAGUUUAGGAGGAAUCAAUGAUCAUACCGAUAAUAUGGAUAAUCCUUCUUCACGAGAAGACAUUUCUGAAAUGGUCCAGCAAAAUAUUUCCAGUAAGCCAAAGACGUCAAACAUCAACAGGUCUGAAAGUUACAAGGAGCGGAUACAUCAUAAGCGGCAGUUGAGAGAAAAAAGGAAGACCAGUGACCCAAAUCUGUCCAAAACAAAUGAUUGUGAACCGUCCGGUAUAUUUCCUGGGAACUCGGCUGGUAGUUCAUCGAAUAGCAGCCUCUCAACAAGGAGUCUGGAUAGUCCUAGUACCAGUUUGGAACAGGUACACCCAACCUCAUCAGCGGCAAACGCGUCAACUUCGUGGGACAGCGAUGUCGAUGUUGAAGCUGAUCCGCCGGAUUGGAGUCAGGCUGUUACCGAAGACGUUCUCGCUCAGCUCAGCAACUCUGAGAAAAAAAGACAAGAUGUUAUUAAUGAGCUAUUUCACACCGAGCGCUCUCAUGUCCGUGCGUUAAAAGUGCUUUCACACGUCUUCCACAAACCUUUGUUGGAGUCCCAAGUGCUACCGUUAGAUCAGAUUCAAUUACUUUUCUCUAAUCUGGAUGAAAUGUUGAUGAUACAUUCACACUUUAAUCAAGCGAUGAAGCGAAAGAAAAAGGAAAAUCCAUGCGUGAGUGAUGUAGGCGAACUUCUGUUAGAGAUGUUCGACGGUGAUGCUGGUGAGAUCUUUGAAAAGGCUGCGUCGACUUAUUGUGCUAAGCAGCAAGUUGCUUUAGAUGCUCUCCGCGAUCGUCGGCGUAAGGAUUCUAAGUUAAACGCCUUCCUGAACGACAUAGAAGCAAAUCCGUUAUGCCGCCGGCUUCAGUUGAAAGAUCAUAUAUUAACUGGCAUGCUGCGACUCACAAAGUACCCGUUGCUCUUUGAAAAUCUCGCCAAGUACACGCCGAACAAUAAUGAAAAAGAAAAAGCAGCUAUAUUGCGUAGUCUCGAGCGUAGUAAAGAGAUACUAAGUCGCGUGAAUCAGGCGGUGAAGGAGGCCGAGGAUCAUCAACGACUUACAGAGAUUCAACGAACGAUCGAUCGAUCAGCCUUCGAUAAAUUUGAUCACCCGACCGUACAAGAGUUCAAGAAUCUUGAUAUUACAAAGCGCAAGUUGAUUUAUGAAGGACCGCUGCAGUGGCGACGUACUGAGCCGAAUCGAUCGAUACCAAAUCGUUCAGUGCCGAAACCAGUUGAUCUGCAUGUAGUGCUGCUCGACGAUACGAUUUUCUUUUUGCAUCGACAAGACGAUAAAUAUCUGCUUAAAUUUAUCAAUACGACCAACCAGGCGGGGAAUUCCGUGCUGAGUCCGAUUGUGAAGUUAUCCACUGUACUAGUGCGUCACAAUGCCGCUGAGAAAGAUUCCCUCUAUCUUGUUAACACUUCAGAAAAUGGUGCGCAGAUGUAUAAUUUAGUGGCACCGUCUUCGGCAGAACGAAAACUCUGGUGCAAACACAUCUCCGAAGCUGUGGAGGCUUAUAAAGCGCGUGAUCGUCACGACAGAAGAUCAACGCCGUCCGCUACAUUGGCGGAGGAGCCAAUGCAUUCAAUGGAAGACGCAUCGCCUUCCGGAAUGGAAACGGAUGGUAUAAAUAUCGAAAAAGAUCAGCCGGAAGAUCGAGAAUUGAGAGAUCUUGGACAAAAUACUGUCGGCAUGCAAGAGCAUGAUGAAGAAAUGCCGGAAACCACUAUCACGGGAACUCCUACAACUGAACAUAUACAACAGCGGAUACAAUCAACUGAGUCGUCAACAACAGGUAUGAUAGAAUCUUUACGAAUGGUCACGUGUACUCAACUAUCAUUAAUAGAUCCAUUGGAAGUUCAUGUAGAAGCACCACCAGUACACGUUGCAGAACCGAUUCUUACGCCAAUAGAAUGUCUGAGGCGUAAGGAUGAAAUAAUUAAACAAGCUCUGCGCGAAAAGCAAUUAUUGAUGGCGGAUAUAUUAAAUAUUCCUAAAGAAGAUUUUGAACAUGUGGCAGACAUAGCAUCUGAACCAUCCACUGUGGAAAAGGAACCUACUGAAUUGAUACUUGCUGCUAUUACUCAAACUGAUCAGCUGAUGGGAAUGCUGAAUUCUUCAUUAAAUAUAAGUGAGACGGAAACAAUAUUUGCGUCAUGUGGAUCAUCGACAUUAUCAUCUUCUGCGUGUGAAGCUACUGGUUGUCCAUCGUUUCGAAAUCAUUCGCAUCCUCAACAAUCAGUCAUGGGAAUGUUGCAGCCGAUCUGUUAUUAUCUAACAUCCCAACUCUCACAACUGUCACAACUCUUGGAGAUUGUAAAAGAGAGAGAAGAAGAACGAGAGAAGCUGCGGAAAGAAUUGCGAAGAAGCAGGGAACGUAUACACGCGCUUGAUAUUGAGGUACAACGUCGUGAAUUUUCGGAAUUAAUGACCACGACAACUCACACACAAACGAUGCUUGAUGACAUUGUGCGCCAAGACAAUAGCAGCAAUGACUUCGCUCAUCAUGAUGAGCUUAUUGAUACGUACGGAGAAACAGCUACUGCAGAUUGCGGAUAUGUGGAAGACCUUGAGCUUAAAGUGGAAACUGAAGGUGACAACAUUGGUUGAAAUAUAUGCUGAGAAACAUUUUAUCGAUGUCUUUCUUGAUGUGGUGCAUUUCAUGUGCGGUGCUGGAACGCUUUUGCAUAAUAGGAAAAUCAAAAUAUGUAGAAAGAAUUGAAAAAUGGA